GGCAAGCUCAUGACGUAGCCACGGCGUCUGUUGUCAAAAGAGAAAAAGAUGGCGUCGGUAUCAGAAAUGUACGAUGUUGGUUGGGAAGAGAUGAGAGACAAGCUGCGUAAAUGGAGAGAAGAUAACUGCAGAAAUAGUGAACAAAUUGUGGAUGUUGGUGAAGAGCUGAUCAGUGAACAUGCAUCAAAACUGGGAGAUGACAUAUGGAUUAUUUAUGAGCAGGUGAUGAUUGCGGCGCUGGACUGCAGUCGGGAUGACUUGGCUCUGACCUGUCUACAGGAACUGAGGAAGCAGUUUCCAGAUAGCCACAGAGUGAAGCGAUUAUCGGGCAUGAGGCUGGAAGCCUUGGAAAGGUACGACGAGGCUAACAAGCACUAUGAUGCCAUCCUCCAAGAUGACCCCACCAAUACGGCAGCAAGGAAGCGCAAGAUCUCCAUACUGAAGGCCCAGGGGAAGGGCGCUGAAGCCAUCCGGGAGCUCAAUGAGUAUCUGGAGCAGUUUGUUGGGGACCAAGAAGCGUGGCACGAAUUGUCAGAGCUCUACAUCAACGAACACGACUAUGGAAAAGCCGCGUUUUGUCUGGAGGAGCUGAUGAUGACCAAUCCUCACAAUCACUUGUACUGUGAGCAGUACGCUGAGGUGAAGUACACUCAGGGGGGGCUGGAAAACCUGGAGCUGUCCAGAAAGUAUUUUGCCCAGGCGCUGAGGCUGAACAACCGAAACAUGAGGGCAUUGUUUGGUCUGUACAUGUCUGCAAGUCACAUCGCUGCCAGUCCAAAAGUUAGUGCCAAGGUGAAGAAGGACAAUAUGAAGUACGCUGCCUGGGCUGCAACUCAAAUAAAUAGAGCCUAUAAGAUGGCCGGUCGUGGGACCAAGGAGAACAAAUGCUCCAUGAAGACUGUGGAGGAGAUGCUGGAGUCCAUGCAGAUCACCAUGUCCUAGUACCCUCGUCUUCUCCUUCCUCCUUCCCUCCAGUUCAUUACUUGGAGCGACAUGGCUGCUCAAAUAGCCUUGCAAUGUGACCAGAACUGGAUCUUUUAACUGAAUUUUUUUUUUUUUUUUAAAUCUUCAUCCCUUCAAGUUUAGUUAUGUAAUUGAUUGAACUCGACAUGGACGAUGGAAGACAUUUGUUUCCCUCAUGUGCAAAGAUGUCCCCACCCAUCUGGAACCUACAACCGCAAAUUCCAAGUACUGCAACUCAUUUAAACACGUUCUACUUGGUAUUAACCCAGCUGUGAUUUCCCAAUGACUGGAUUAUUUUAUCCAUCCCCAUCCCAUGCUAACUUUUAGUUUAAUCUCUAACUGAUGUCACUAAUUAGCACAUCCACAUCAAGGCUUUAACUCCGUGACCAGGAAAGAUAAGAAGCUAUACAGUAAAAGUUAUUUAUAAAGACAACGUGGAGAUCCCACCUGUCGGCACUGAGGUCCUUUACUGUUUCCCUACUAUCUGUAAAUGAAACCUCUUUAUCUAAUAAAACUUUUUUCUUUUGUCUAAUCUAUGAAAAUGUCUUAAUAAAAGAACUGAUUGCUGAUA